CUCCUAUUCGCUAAACGUCAAACAGAAACCCUAUAUAUAAUCCCAUAUCCGGCCACAUAUAGGAAGUAAAUUGAAUUUUGUCACAUACGAAAAGAAAAUGAGGUUGCCCAGCAUCAUGUUUUGCAUAUUCUUAUUAUUAUUCGUAAAUGCAUCCCACGCACAACAAUGCGGAAGCCAAGCCGGCGGAGCCGUAUGCGCCGCCGGGAAUUGUUGCAGCCAAUACGGCUAUUGCGGCAACACCGCGGAAUACUGUUCUCCGAGUUCAGGCUGCCAGAGCCAGUGUUGGUCUUCCGGAGCCGGAGCGCCUCCUCCGCCCGCUACUCCGACGGCCCCCAGUGCUGGCGGCGGCGAUAUUAGCGGUGUUAUCAGCCAGUCUGUUUUUAACGACAUGCUUAAGUACCGAGACGACACCCGCUGCCACGCGCCAGGAUUUUAUACGUACGAUGCGUUCAUCGCCGCCGCGAAAUCCUUCGGAGAUUUCGGUACGACCGGAGACUCGGACACGAUAAAGAGAGAAAUCGCCGCUUUCUUGGGCCAGACCUCCCACGAGACUACUGGUGGGUGGGAUACAGCACCGGAUGGCCGAUAUGCGUGGGGAUAUUGCUUUCUAAGAGAAAACACCUUAGAUUCCUACUGCAAUGUCACUCAAGCCUGGUCCUGUGCUCCUGGCCAAAAGUACUUCGGACGUGGUCCUAUUCAAAUCUCUUACAACUACAAUUAUGGUCCAGCAGGACAGGCACUUGGCUAUGAUCUUAUAAGUAACCCUGACCUGGUCGCAACGGACUCGACGGUGUCCUUCAAGACGGCAUUGUGGUUCUGGAUGACACCUCAGGGUGCAAAGCCGUCUUGCCACGACGUGAUGACCGGUAAAUGGACACCAUCUGC